AUGCAGCCCUUAUUUCACGAGUCCGAGCCCCCCUCUGAGGGCGCCUCGCCCCUUUCACGGCUCAUUCCCUUCGAGGUCCCUCCCCUUUCCGGCCCCAGACGGCAAAAGCGGCAUCGCAGCAGUGGCCGCGGGCCUUCUUCGGCCCUUUUACGCUCUCCUCCUUCCCGUUCGGUUUUUUUUUGGUCUUCCCCGCAGGGGUCUGUCGUGUUUCGCGCGUUGAGGGGCUUUUUGGAGCUCGGCGACCGCCCCCACGCGGCGUACGCGGCCCUCAUGGCGACCUUCGCGGGCCCCUCCUGGUCCUCCGCCGUCCGCCUCCGCGGAGGGCGAGAGGGGAAUAAGGGGAAAAGGGAAGGAAAUGAAGCGGAAGGGGAGAUCGGCGGGGUGUCGGGAAAUACGGUCGAGCGCCUUUCCCGGGCGGCGCUCCAGCAGGCCCUCGCCCUGGUCUGCGGGGUUAUCGCGGCGGAUAGCGAGGGCAGACUUCUCCUUCCUACCCUACCAAAUACUUCUUCAUUAUCACCUCCUCGAGGCGUGAUGGCGCUUUAUUGCGCCUUGCAAGGCCUCGGCCUCGAGCUGGAGGACGUCUCCGCGCAGCUGGCCCUUUUAAAUAAUACGACUAAUAACGAACCAAACGAUAUCAACGCAGUGGAGGAAAAGAAACGAGAGGGGUUGCGUGCACAACUUGAUCGAAUUCUUCGUCAAGUUGAACAGUGCGUGAAUGCGAUGGAGCAAACCUUGAUUGAUAUCAUCCUUUCCAUCCCGCAGGAUUCCGAUUUCAGUUUGUUCGCGACCAUGCACCUACCAACCUCCCAUGGGACGCUUUCCUACACCGCCGGGUUGUUCAAACGUCUGGGUGAUAUUUUCAAAGAGUACUCUUGGCCUUUUCAACUUCUCGCCUCGUCUGCCUCCGGCCUUAGUACCGAGCCUUUUUCAGAAGGGUCUCGCCAUGCCGGGAGCCUGCCGGAUGACUUAACAUUGCUUGAUUUGCUUCCGCAUUUGAGUCCCGAUGUUGAUUCCUCUCUUUCGCAGGCGGAACUGCUUUUUCACGUCGGGGAAGGGGUCACGGCGAUUCUCAUCGCGACCUUGCGGACGCUCCGGCAGGGAGUGGAUGGUGGGAAUUGCCUUGGCAUCGCGCCCGCCACGCCGCUCGCGCGGAUGGCCGCGGCGCUGCCUUUCCAGUCCACCUCCACCUUCGCGAACGGCCGCGCGGUGAUUCGCCCGGCGGUGGAUCUUCAGAGUUCGUCCUUUUCCAUCAUCGAGGCCAAGGCGUGGGCAGGGCAGUACGCGCUCGUUGGGCUACGCCGCGCUCAUCUCGAGAUGCAAGGACUUUUUUUUAAACUUUUCCACAGCCUCGGGAAAGAAUUAGGAGGUCCUACGAAUGAACUGCCCUCUCGCUCCACCGCGGCAAUUCAGAGACGGCGAUUUCGUGAUUUAAGAUUUUUGUGGGAUAACUGGAAUCGUUCGAUUCAAUGGCAUUAUACAGCAUUUUGGCAACGCCUGGGCCUCAUGUCCACCAAAAGUGUCCAAAACUGCGAUGGCGGUAACCUUAGCGGGGCUGACGAUUCUUUGCCGUCCUUUGAUUUGAAGCAUGACUGUGUAUUUGAUAUUCUGGCUUCGAAUAAGGUCGAUUCAUUAACCGCACCCCAGCAGGCGGCGCUUCGUAUUAUUAAUUAUCUCCAAUCCUUUGACAAGAAGGACUGGUUUCGUUUUCCCGCCUUUGACCUCGCAAAUUUCGACUUUACAAGCAUUGUAUCCUGGAUUCAAAGCCCAAGCUUUGCGCUGAAGUCGAAUCGAGCGGUUUUUGAUGCUCUACGUCGUGUAUUAGAGCAUAUGGUGGAUGUUUGCGUUCGAAAGUACGGACCUCUGCACAAGUUUAGCGAGUGUAUUUCUUCCAUCCGACAGCGGUUGGUUCAUGCAUCCCAAACAGAGGGUCUUUUAUAA